AUGAGUGAGGAACUACUGAAGGAACUGGUGGCCGCGGAAGUGUCUCGACCGGACCAGUUUCUGGAAUGGUUUUUGCGAUACUUUAAGCAACCUGAAUCUCACCAUCAUCGGUCGAUCGAGGCGUUCGCCAACUACUUCAUCGGCUUCAUUCGCGCCCAAACGGAAGAGACGGCCGAAGGGCGAAAGGGGGCGGAUGUCACUGCCACACCUCCGCGUGGUGGCAGCACCCGGGGCACCCCAUUGCCGUCCUUCACCAGCACACCGAUUCGGAGUGGCGGGUCGACCAACCGAAGCGGCGGCGGGCUCGACACGAGUGGCGGAGACGGGGGCCGACGGAGUAAAACCAGCUCGCCGUGUCUCGGUGACUUCGUGGUGACCACGGUGUCCAAGCCUCAUCGCGGUGGGCGCCGAUCGUCGGCCACGAGCAAUGGAAGCGAGACACCGACUUCCCAUCAACAACACACGCCCAGCAGCGCCCUUUUCCAGGACGAUGAAUUCCCGCAGCUCAGCAGCGGUGGCCCAGGACCCACCUGGUCGACACCGAAGUCGUCGGGCGGUAGGAAGGGUCGACGCAUCGUACCGACCACCGUCAGCCGGACCGUGUCCGCCAAGCACGAGUUCAGCUCGUCCUCGUUACACGCGGAAGCCAGUGGCAGCAGCCGUGUGGAGGUGGUCGACGAGGACGAGGCGGGGACCCAGCACGAUCCGCGCCGGAUGUUGCGCAGCCUGCGGGAAGAGAUCCUGCACGACUUCCGGGCGGAGGAGCGAGCACGAUCCGAAUCCGGCCGGACGAAACCAACGGACCCUAGCACGAUGACGCUCGACGACCCUCCCGGGCAGUCCGGGGAGAACGCACCCGCCGGAGAGGCGGGCCCCCCACGUCAGCUGCUGACCAUCGAGUUCGGGCGCGUUACGCAACGGGCGACCAUCGAUCGGCUGGUGGCCAUCUACGCGCUACUGAUGGACCUGAAUCUCGUCCCGAACGUACUGAACGAACUGGCGUACCUGAUCAAUCUCGUCGGCACCGAGCGGCCCGUGACCGCGGGCCCCGCUACCGACACCACCCGAGGAAGUGGGUCCGAGGAUCCGCUUUCGGGUGUCCUGCGCAGCCCGCACAAUGGCGUAUAUUUCGCGACGGAAGUGCUGCACCGGCAGCGGAUGCUGCUGGCGCUGCUCGACUGCACCUCGCUGCGGGUUGUGGUCGAGAACGAGCAGCUGGCCGCUCUGCAACCCCCGCUCACGGGCUUCCUGCGGGACGUGCUGGCGCGGAAGCUGAAACUCGAAACGCCUGGCGAUCCGCCCGGGGCCACCACCACCAGCAGCAGCAUCACGAAUGUGUUCUACCAGCAGGAAAAUGACACCCGGGAUCACUUCCCGUCGCUCAAGGAGUUCGGCGCGUUCAACAAGCAGCGCGACUCCUUCUACGCCAUUCUGAGAACCUGGGAAGCGGAGCAUCUCAACCCGGCCUGGGAGUUCGAGCCGAAGCUCGGCCCGAAGGUGCGGUCCACGCUGGACUUUCUGCAGCACCCGAUCAACAUGGCGCACCUGGCGAAGCUGUUCUGUGCCCAGCUCAUCAUUUGCUGCAACUUUGACAACACUGCCAGCGAGCUGCAAAUGGCGCUACCGAGCAUCGAUCUGACGAAGCUGUCCAAGCUGCGGCAGCGGCUGGAGGCGCCGGCCCCCUUCUCCACCCAGUACCUGUUCCCGGGCGGCCAGGCCUUCUUCCGGGACUUUAUCGUGGCGAGCGAGAACCACCAGAUCUUCGUCGAGCAGCUGAAGGUGGUCCUGAUACACGAGCUGCUCCAGAUGAACGGCUCGUCGUACGAAGUGUUCAACGUGUCCGACGCGGAAAACCCAAACCGCUCCGAGUACGUGGUCCGACCGGAAACGAUGUCCACGAUGCGGGUGUUGGCCAAAUUUAUCGGCUUCAUCGUGGCGCGCCCGUUCCAGUACGAGGGCUACCGGAGCACGCUGGUGGACAAUCGGCAAAUCGAGCUGCGUAAUACGCUACUGCCACCGUUCGAUGUGAAGCUGGUGCUGCUCCGGUGCGUCGCCGACCGGAAGCUGGUCAUCAGCGUGCCGUGGCUGGUGCAGUUCCUCAGCAUGCUGGACGUGGUGACGCUCCGGUUGCGGUACUACGAGGAGCUGUUCCGGUUGCUGCGCGACGUCUACCAGGCGACGGCCCCGUGCGGGUUCGCCGCCCACCGCCAGAUGUUCGUCAACGCGCAGUCAAAGUUUAUCGUCCGAUCGUGCCUCGAUUGGCUUUUCGACCAACCGAACGUGCCGGAAGAGUUCUACAACUCGCGCACCACCUUCGGAACGCUCCUGGCGGGCGCUAGCCCCGUCGACGGUAACAUCGAACAGUUGGCCCUGGAGCAGAUAGCGACCGUCGCCGGAGUAAGCGGUGGUGGUGAAAAGCGACCCGAGGCGACCGGGGGCGAGCGGUGGACCGCGGCCGAUCAAAACGUUCCCACCUUCAACCCACUCCUGGAGGCCGUCCUGGGUGCGGCCUGCCCGUUUCUGGCCGAUUUCCGCGUGUCCGUGAUGCCGUCGCGGGUGGAAAAGACUCUCUCCCGAACCGGGCGCUACCGGCACAUCACCACCCGGUACACGGGCCACGCCGGGCAGCAACCCAGCACCCCGGUGGCGGCUGCCAAGGAUGCCCACGGUGAUGUCGCGAAUCUUUCCUCCACGAGCACCGGCAACCGGCACGGUGGUAACGCCCAACACCGGUUGGUGGAAGCGUUCCUGCAGUCGCAGAGCCUUUCGGUGCGCCGCACGGUCGAGUUCAUAACCGAGCGGGCCACCUCAGCCGUGAUCAAGGACUUCCAACUGCUGUAUCUGCUGCCGGAGAAGAAAGCGGUCACCGAUCGGAUAGCGGCCGUCCGGGCGCCCACGAUUCAGCAGGUGAUGCACGAGAUACGGACCGUCUGCGAGGAUGCGUUGAGGGGCGUCAAUGACACCUGGGAGACGCACGUGCUCAAAAUGCUCAACAAACGAAUCACGGACUCUUUUGAUGCAUUGCUCCCGGCGGAAACGAUUGACGCCGUGCGGAUGACGUGCAAAAGCAUUGCGCUCGAGAAGUGUGUCCAGAAGGCGAACGAAUGGCGUCAGUCGUACAUGGCCGAGACGGAGCUGUUUUGCAAGAGCAUACAGAGCGAGGCCAGCACAAUCAUGGCGACCCAGCAGCGACUGGCGCAGCAAAACUCUGGAGCGGAACUGGCGCCUCCCAGCAACAACAACGCGGCCCUGCAGAUAUCAUCCGAUUGCGCCGUGCUACCGUCGGUGCUGUACAAAGCCCUACAAACGCUGCUACGCGAUGCGCUGACCGCACCGGCCACGCUUACGGCGGCCGAGGUGACUCGGUUCCUUCACGACACCCACGGCUUUCUCGAAGAUCCCGCUCUGGCCAUGACACCCACAAUGCACCGCAUGAUGGCGUACAUGUUGCUGCAGCUAUUCCUUCUCCUGAUCAAAUCGCGCCACGAUUUAGUCGCUCCCGAGCUAAUCCAGCUGGCGGUCACAGUAUGGAAGCACAAAAAACUGGCCCCACACUGUUUGCCGCCGGUCGCGGCACGAGAUGUCGGGAACGGAUCGCCGUCGCUAACACCGACGGAACGAGAGGAACGAUCCCUAGCGGAGCCGGAACAGUGUGUCGAUGUUUUAAACGCGGAUCGGAGGGAUCACGCUCGGCGCAUUAAAAGGCAGCAAGAGAGCAACUACGUAUUUUCCCACCUGGUAAGCAACCGAUUCGUGCGCAUGCUGGAGGAAAACGUGGCUCCGGAGGCGAACUACGCCUCGUACGCCACGUUCAUCAACACGCUGGUAGAAGCCGGCCUGGUGCGGUUCAAUGAGCUCACCCAUCAGUUUCUGGCCAUCUUCAACGAGGAGUGGCCUCAGGCCACGAUGAAACGCAUUUCCAUCGUCAUCGAUCGAGUGCUGCACAGUAGCGGCAAGGCGGAGCUGGCGAGGCGAGCGCAGCACGACGUGGACGACACGUUUGCGGAAAUGUUCAUGGAAAUGCUGUCGGAUUUCGCACGGGACAUUGAAAAGUUUUGA